CUUCAACACACAACAAACAUGGCGUCGCCGGAGCGGCAUCAGGAGCGUGAAUCGCUGAGGGAUAAUAUUAGCCAAGAUGAUGGAGGCAAAAAAUCUGGCCCAAUAUCUUUCGGUUUUAGUAAAACAUUAAGUAAGGUUAAAUCUGGGAAAGCGGAAGAGCGAGAUUAUUUAGUUGAAGUCGAAGGGAAAGAACUUAAAGGAACCAAACCGGUGGAGAAACCGAAGGAGCUGGUCAUCCCGUUGAUCCACAAGAACCGCUGGUACCGGCAGGAUGCUGAGCGAGAGGACAAGAGCAGAGACCCGUCCCAGCAGGAGCAGGAGCAGGAGCAGGACACGGUGGAGUCUCAGGCCGUCAAAGAGCUCAUCGAAGAGUCUCAAAAGCACCAGGAGAGAUGGAAGAACGGAUCGCAGAUGGAUCCCAACUUUGCCAUUCCUCUUCUCAUGCAGAACCAGGCCCCUCAGGGUUUUGAGGAUGGAGACAAAGUCAAAGUGGAUUUGCGACCGGAGUCGGUAGGUUCAUGGUCUCUUUCACAGAUAGAGGGAGUGGAUCCAGAUAACGCCAGAGUCAUAGUUAAACUUGCCAUUGGUGGCAAGACAGCAACCAUUAUCCAGCACUCUUUAAAAUUAGUCAGCCGUAAGGAAUACGACAAAAACAGCAAAGACCUUAGUCGUCUUAGUAAAGCACACAAGGACAAAGAGAGAGAAAAAGAGCGUGAACAGCAGAGGGAACGAGAGGAGAGGUUAAACGGCAAAGAUGUCAGAGGAAAGACAGACAGAGUUCGAGAGAGGGAGAAGGACAGAGAGAGAGAUCAGAAGAAAAGAAAACCCAGAGAAUCAAGUACAGACAGAGAGAAGCCUCCUCCAGCAAAAGAGCCGCGGCCGUCACCCCCAGCCCCCUCAUGGCUUCAAAGAGACCUCCAUGUGCGAUUCAUAGAUAAAGCAUUCAAAGGAGGCAAAUACUACAACUCAAAGAUGAGAGUCGAGGACGUCUUGACGCCCCACACCUGUGUUUGUCGUACAGAGGAGGGCAGACUGCUGGAUGAUAUAAGACAGAAGAUGCUAGAGACCAUUGUUCCCAAGAAUGACUCGGACUACAUUAUGGUGGUUCUGGGAGAACACAGAGGACAGGUGGGCCGCAUCCUGAAGCGAGACCGAGAGAAGUGUCGAGCCAUGGUUCAGCUGGACCGGUACGAGGAGCAGGUGUUCACACUCGACUAUGACGCCAUCUGUCAUUAUGUGGGCGGAACAGAACACUGAGAGGCCAAAUGGAUGAUACGACACACCCUUCAUCAUCCCAACCUUAUUCUGAUUUUUCCUUACAUUGCUAGAGACCAACAUAUCAGAUACAUCCCAUUUUUUAAUACAACCAAUAUUUAAUUAAUUUUGUUAGUUGUGGUGGUGUAUUUUAAAUGCGAGUUUAGACCCAAAUGUGGAGUCAUACUGUUGUUGCGCUGUGACAGUGGCAUAUCUGCAUAAAUGGAUGCUCUUAAAGCAACAUAAUAUUCUGUUAAUAAGAGUCUGUUAUGUUGCCAAAUGAAUAAAAAGUGCCAUGUUUCUCUCUGUAUAGUGAUAAUGAAUAUUUACACAGGUCAUCGGUUCAGAAGCAUCGGUGUUUGAGUGUCUGCUGCUGAUCAGGGAAAUUACAUUUCAACCCGAUGUAGUUAGGGAUAAAAAAAAA